AUGUGCUCCGUCGUCGGUUGCGAGUCGCUCCGUCGACAUGCGAAGCGGUUCAAGUUACCGGAGGACCCGGAGGAGAGACUGGAGUGGGUCCAGUUUGUUCUGGACGUGAACGGACAGCGGCUGAAGGAAUCCACCUGGACGGAUAUCACCAUCUGCAGCGAACACUUCACCAACGACUGCUUCGUGAACAAGAGUCCGACCGAACAGCUGAAGCCCGGUUCUGUCCCGUCGCUGAGUGUCAAGUCGGAACCGGAAGAAGCUCAGGAGUCUGCAGAAACUACGGAGAGUGUUUCUCAGGACGAUCAACUCAGAGCAUGUGACAGUCCGGCGUCCUGUUCGGACAAAUCAUCCACUUUAAUAGCUGAUCCAGGAAGCCCAGCGCCAAGUGACACCUCCGACUCCUUCUCUGAUUACGGACAGUUGCUGCAAAAAGUUGUGAACAUCGACAUGAUCCGGGAAAAAGCCGCGCUUCUUCAGAUGAAAGGGAAGUACGUUGUGAACGAAAACCAGCUCCUCCAGCUGUUCGACAGCAAGUGCCCUUUCUGCGGCUCCAGUGUGAACGUGGAGAAGAUUGUCCGCGGGGUCGUCGUCAUCUUGAACCAGCAGUGCCUCGAGUGCGACUACAGAAACCAGUGGAAGAGUCUGGUCAAUGCUGGCGUCCCAGCAGCUGAAGAUAAACCCCUGACAGGAGGCGCAGAAGUCAAACCUGAGACGGUGUCGAUAGAUGGCGAUAGCAGCAGCAGCAUCACAAGUGUCUCUGAGGCUGUUGAAGUUACUGAUAAGCAGACUGAGCCUGCAGAUGAAACAGAGGAGUCAAGCGAUGAAGGCGCCACCGGGUCAGACGAGGACUGGAAGCCGGUGACGGAGCCCAAGAAGGUUCGGAGCGAUUCCGAGGAGGAAAGUGAGAGCGAAUAUGAAGACGAUUAUCCGUCCCUGUUCCCCCAACACAGUCAGCUCUGCACGGACUGUGGGAAGUUUUUCAAUAAACGAAGGUCUCACACCUGCGAGCACAAAGUAAAGCCCUACUCCUGCAACAUCUGCGGCAAGAGGUGCGUCAGCGAGCUCGCGCUGAAUUCUCACGGCAGAAUCCACGAUGAAAGCUACGAGCAUCGGUGCAAAUACUGCCACGUCACGUUCAAAACCAAGGUGGCCAAAAUGACUCAUGAGCAGACCCACCUCACUGAAGGGAAGCCCUAUAAAUGUCCAGACUGCUCAGAGACCUUCGCCUCCAACAAGGAGCGCACGCUUCACCUGGAAGAUCACAGAGGCCCCAAACAGCUCAAGUGCCACAUCUGCGGGAUCGACUUCCUUUGGCCUCUUUCCCUCCAGAGACACUUGGCCGUGCACACCGGAGCGAAGCCGCACAAGUGCUCGGUGUGCCAACGAGGCUUCAACCAGCCGAGCCACCUGAAGUCCCACAUGCGCCUGCACACGGGGGAGAGGCCUUACAAGUGUCAGCACUGCGAUAAAUGCUUCAACCACAACGUGAGCUUGAAGAGUCACAUCCAGCGGUACCACACGUCGAGCUCCGGACGUGAGCAGAGCAAGAGUAAAAUAAACAAAGCUGUUAACGAUAAAGAGAAAGAGCAGGAUAAAGAAGAGGAGAAGGUACAGGUGCCCAAAAAGAGGAGCACCGGGAGACCAAUAGGACGACCGAGGAGAAACACAGCAGAGAGCUCGGUUCAUGGAGCAGAGACGCAAAGUUCAAAUAGGAAGAACGCUAAAGUGAAAGCACUGAAGAGGACGCGCUGCAGUGAUGAAGACAGCGAGGAUGAGCCGACUGAGAGCGACGUAGCUGUUGACUCAGUGGAGGAGGACGAGGAGCGGAGUGAGAAAGUCACAGUGACCACACGGAAAACAAGAGGACGACCAAAAAACUCUGACUUAGGAAAGCGUCGAGGAAGACCAAGAAAGAAUCAGACAGAGCCUGUGGAAAACACAGACGAUGCUUCUCAGUGUGACGACGAUGAAGCUUCUGACAGUAAACCUUUCUGCAGUGAAAACACAGAUUCUGUCUUAUUUGGAUCCGGCCAGAUUCAACAAAAAGUUCCGAACAGAGAUUUAAACAAGGAAAGAGCUGCGCUUCUACAGAUGAAAGGAAAAUACCUUGUGAAUGAAAACUGCCUCCUCGAGUUGUUUGCCCGCAAAUGCCCCUCAUGUGGGAGUAAGCUUCAGAUGGAGAAGCUCACUUACGGCUUACUGAUCGUUUUGAACCAGCGCUGUCUCAAGUGUGAAUACAGAAACCAGUGGAAAAGUCAAGUCAACGCCGACGUCCCAGCAGCUGAAGACAGAAACCUGACAGGAGGCGCGGAAGUAAAAUCAGAGGAGGUGACAACAGAUGAAGAUCCCGGUAGUGCGGUUUUGUCAGAGAUCAUUACUUUCAGCGACGAUGAAAGCGAUCCCUCAGACGACGACGGGGAAGACGACGACGGCGAGGAGAGUUCGGACGGGGAGUGGAAUCCGACGGAGGAUUUCGCGCUGGACGAGGAGCUCAUGAAGGACUCCGAGGACGAAACCGAAGACGAAGGCGAGGACGAAAGUUUUGAUUCCGUCGGUGGCCUCAAAAUGAACGAGCUCUGCGCAGAGUGUGGAAGUUUUUUCAAUAUUCUGAAGCCACACACCUGCGAGCACAAAGUAAAGCCCUACUCCUGCAACAUCUGCGGCAAGAGGUGCGUCACUGAGAUCGCGCUGAAUUCUCACAGCAGAAUCCACGAUGAAAACUACGAGCAUCGGUGCAAAUACUGCCACGUCACGUUCAAAACCAAGGUGGACAAAAUGACUCACGAGCAGACCCACCUCACUGAAGGGAAGCCCUAUAAAUGUCCAGACUGCUCAGAGACAUUCGCCUCCAACAAAGAGCGCAGAGUCCAUCUGGUAGAUCACAGAGGCCCCAGGCAGUUAAAAUGUCACAUCUGUGGGAUUGAAUUCAACCGGCGUACUCCUCUCCGGAGACACUUGGCCGUGCACACCGGAGCGAAGCCGUACAAGUGCUCGGUGUGCCAACGAGGCUUCAACCAGUCGAGCCACCUGAAGUCCCACAUGCGCCUGCACACGGGGGAGAGGCCUUACAAGUGUCAGCACUGCGAUAAAUGCUUCAACCACAACGUGAGCUUGAAGAGUCACAUCCAGCGGUACCACACGUCGAGCUCCGGACGCGAGCAGAAAAAAUGCAAAAGAAAUAAAACCCCAAGUGUUGACGCCCAGGAGAACGGAAACAAAAGAGGCUCUGGACUUCACAUCAUAGAGGAAGAGGAGGCGCACGAGGAGAGGAUACAUAAACCGAAAAAGAGGAGCACCGGCAGACCCAUAGGACGGCCUAAGAGAAGCACAGCAGAGAGCUCGGUUCAGGGAGGAGGUUCAUCCACUAAGACCUCGAAAGUGAAAGCGAGGAAGAGGGCACGCUGCAGUGAUGAAGACAGCGAAGAUGAUCCGACCGAGAGCGACGUAACCUUUGACUCAACGGAGGAUGAGGAGGAGUGGAGCGAGAAAGUCAGCGCACGGAAAUCAAAAGGAAGACAAAAAAACUCCGACUGUGACUCGGGGAAGCGUCGAGGAAGACCGAGAAGGAGUCAGGCGGUGGAAGACUCUUACGGUUGCAAUUCGUUUCGUCGCAAUGCGAAGCGGUUCAAGUUACCGAAGGACCCGGAGGAGAGACUGGAGUGGAUCCAGUUUGUUCUGGACGUGAACGGACAGCGGCUGAAGGAAUCCACCUGGACGGAUAUCACCAUCUGCAGCGAACACUUUACCAACGACUGCUUCGUGAACAAGAGUCCGACCGGACGGCUGAAGCCCGGUUCUGUCCCGUCACUGAGUGUCAAGUCGGAGCCGGAGGAAGUUCUGGAGAACCUCCAACAUGUGAGUCCGACCGGACGGCUGAAGCCCGGUUCUGUCCCGUCGCUGAGUGUCAAGUCGGAGCCGGAGGAAGUUCUGGAGAACCUCCAACAUGUGGAAUCCGUAGAAAACACAGAUUCUUCUUGUCAGUUUGAUGACCUUGAAACAUCCGAUAGCCCAACUUCCUGCCCGGAAAAGAAGCGCGUGCAGAAGCGAAGGAAGCCGAGAGAGCAGAGGAGAAGGGAGGAGAAAGAAGAAAGAGGAGAAGAACAGGAGGCCGAUCUGGAGAGGGAGGCAGAGGCAGAAGAAGAUCAAGAGGAAGAAGUAGGGCAAGACUCUGACAUGGCCAGCACGUCCACGGGGAAAAGGCAACUGCAGCAGACGUACAGCUUCAGGGCGGAGGAAGAGAAGAAGCUGGUGGCGUUCUUCGCUACCCAUGACUGCUUUUACAACAAGGCCUCUCCGCAUUAUAGCAACAUAGCAUUCAAGAAGAAGCUCCUGCAGGGCAUAGCCGGGCAACUUGACACAGAGUAUACCAAGAUCCAGGGCUGGUUCAAAAACCAGCGAUCUGCCGUUGGGAAGCUCUACAAGAAGAAUUCGGGCCAGGCGGCAGAGCCCCUGACUGCCAGGAAGAAGUGGCAGUUGGCGAGUUUCCGUUUCUUGAGGCGAUACAUCAUGCCGAGGUCGUACACGCAGGACACAGGAGCGCUGCCUGCCAGGGCCUCCGACACCGAGGAAGAGGAAGAGCCGGAGGUCGAGGGGGAAACAGAGGAAGACGGGGCCUCGGCGACGGGCUCCACGGUCAAGACGCCCUGCAGCAGUGGUCCGCCGUCCUCACAGCGCGGCACAAAGAGGUCGCGCAAGGUCGAGGAUGCGCUACUAGACUACUUGUCAAGACCCCGAUCAUCACAGGUCCUGGCCAAGACGGAGGUGCCGACAGACGACGACCCCGGUGGCGCGGUAUUGUCCGACGUUUCUUUUCCUGAUGAAGAAAGCGACCCUUCAGAUGAGGAGGACGACGAACGUGAGGAGGCUUCCGACGCGGAGUGGAAUCCAGAGGAGGAUUUUGCACCCGACGAGGAGCUCAUGAGAGACUCUGAGGAUGAAACCGAAGACGAGAACUUCGAUUCCGUGAGUGGCCUGAAAAUUAACGAGCUCUGCACCGAGUGUGGGAGUUUUUUCAAUAUUGUGAAGUCUCACACGUGUGAGCACAAAAUAAAGCCCUACUCCUGCAACGUCUGUGGCAAAAGGUGCACGACCGAGUUGUCUCUGGAGAAGCACGGCAAAAUUCACGAUGAAACCUACGAGCAUCCUUGCAAAUUCUGCUACGUUACCUUCAAAACCCGGGUGGACAAGCUCAAACACGAGCAGACCCACCAGGAUAGAAGAGACCCAUAUAAAUGUCCGGACUGUCCAGCGACGUUUUCCACCAAUAAGAAACGCAGAGCCCACCUGGCGAGCCACAGAGCCCCGACGGUGUUCAAAUGUGGAGUUUGCGCGAUUGAAUUUAAGGAUGUGCAUCAUCUUCAGAGGCACUCCGUCGUGCACACAGGACUCAAGCCGUACAAGUGCUCGGUGUGCCAGCGUGGAUUCAGCCAGUCGAGCCACCUGAAGUCGCACAUGCGGCUGCACACGGGGGAGAGGCCUUACCAGUGUCAGCACUGCGACAAGUCCUUCAACCACAACGUGAGCUUGAAGAGUCACAUCCGGCGGUACCACACGUCGAGCUCCGGACGCGAGCGGAGGAAGGGUAAGGUGGAUGAAAGGGCGAACCACAGCAGUGACGCAGAAGACAAUGGGAAUAAGAGAGACACAGACUCUGACAAUGUAGAGGGAGAACAAGAAGCAGAAGAGGAGGCGCAGAAAAAAGGAGCAUGUAAGCCAAAAAAUAAAAGGAGGAGCACAGGAAGGCCUGUAGGAAGGCCUAAGAGAAACGCAGAAGGUGACUUGGAUCUGGCAGGGGAAGCGAGAAGCCACACUUCAAACACUAAAACGUCAAAAUCAAAGGUUCAGAAAUUAAAGAAAACAGGUUCCAGCGACGAGGAAAGCGAGGAUGUGCAAUCAGACAGCGACUUACCCUUUGGCUCCGCGGAAGACGAGGAGGCGGAGACGGCGAGGAAGAACACCAGAAGCUCAAAAAGAAAAGCAAAGAAUAGCGUCGACUCUGAUUUCGACCCAGGAGAAGAAACAAAGAAACGGAGGUGCAGCAGCCGAAGCAGUGGUAGGAGCUCAGGGAAACGUGGAGGAAGACAAAAGAAGAGCGCGCUGGUGUGAAGUCUUUAUACAGGCGGAGCUGAUGGAUUCAUUUGUUGAGAUCAGUUGUGAAAACAAAAGGGGUCCCUGAAGAUCGGAGGACUUUAUAGAACCGCUGUGACAUCUUUUAGCAGAUACAUUAAAACUGUUCCUGAGAAACAGAACAUGGGACAGCGUGUCUGAAUGUAAUCGUCUUCCUCUGUUUAACGCCACGGCGUUUGAUCUUCAGAUACCUUUAAUCUUGUUAACUGAUGUUGUGGAAACAGAACGCUGAGCGCGGCUGCUGUUACGUUCGUGCGUCUGAAUUUAUUCGCAGGAAAAACAAGUCGACGUUUGCUCAGAAUCAUUGUGAAGCUCGUCUGCGAUAACUUCACUAUAAAUAGGGUCAGUGGAGACGUUACAAGUUGGACAAAGUCAAAGAUGUUCAAUAUAAAGUAAGAAAUCAAUCCUGUAAGCUAAGCUAAUUGCAAAUAGCUUUUGGAAUAUUUGCUUUGAACACUAUUAGUACAACUAUUACAUUCAAUUCAUGUGUUUUAUUAAAAACAUUAUUGCUAGAUAAAAAACA